AUGCGACACCUAGACAACGAACAAAACAAUGUACGCGGGUAUAAAAUAGACACUCUCACUACAACGCUAGCAGUCCAAGCAUCAGACUACGAAAGCAACAGUGAUAACAUCCUUUCCAGAAACGACAUGGCUGGGAGAAAUCACACCAAAGAGGAAGAUCACAUCUCCGACCUGCCCGACGACUUCGAGCAACUCCAUCAGGAACUUGAUAGGAGAAACAAAAUCAUAGAAGCUCUUACACGAAGAAACCAAAAUAAAAAGAACCAAUUAAAAAAGAAAAUCAUCGAAGCGGGUCAACAAAUAAAAGCGUUACAACAACAAGGACAAGCAAUAGACUCGUCCAUACAUAAAUCUUUCUCUAGCGUAUCUACAGAGAUUCAACAACAACCAAAAAGGAAACAAUCUACAUCAUCAUCUACCGAAGAAAGCGAGGAAGAACCAAAGUCUCCACCAAUUGUAACAAAGGAGGAUAUGGAUAAACCAUCCACAAGUGGCAUGCAACAACAAGCAAAAGCUACAUCUUCAAACAAACCUCGCAAAUAUUCUAAAUAUCUAAAAAGAUUCCACAUAGAUCGCAACACAAUUCCACGACCUCGUACUACUACGGGAAAAUUCAAAUCGUGGACAUCCAAAGAACACAAAAACUACCGAAAGAUAAAGAAAAAUCGUGUUCUACCAAAAGUCAUCUUAUCAUCUGAAGACGACAUCGAAGAAAUUGAAGAACCACAACCAACAAAAUAUCAACCGGUAGCUGAAAAGGUGAAAUCAACAAAAGCUAAACCAACCGUCAGCAAAGUAGAAAUCAUUAAAAAGCCAACAAUAUCCAAAGAGUCACAAUCACAGAUCCAAAUGAAGACUCCAAUAGUCAAACUCCAGGAUAUCAAACUACAUCAAAAACCCUGGACACAAUGGCUAAAUGAGAUGGAAAAUUCCAUUAAGGAAACAGCUGCAAGGAUACAAAAACAACAACGACAACAAUGGAGACAACAAGAACAACAACAAAAGGAUUCAUCAGAACCUAGCAGCAAAGAUGUAUCACCAACAUCUCAAUCAACACCAAAAUUAAUACGGCGUAAAGAGACAAAAGUGGAUAAAGACAACUUACACACACAAGCGACUUCCAUCAAGAACAUAUCACCAAUACCAACCGUUCAUUCGAAGGUACCACGGAAGUUGCAACUAACCUCAGAGACUUCACGAAGUCUAUCAUUCAAAAACUCUACACCAACGACAUCUUUUUGGGACGUUUCCCCGAUGUCGCGGCCAAUCACCAAUCCACAACAAGUACAAGACAACACAUGGGACAUUUCCCAAACGUCGCAAACAAUCAUAAAUUCAGAACAAACAUGCGACAAACAAACAACAAUAGACAUAUCACAAGACAACACUACCGAGUCAAUACGAACGGAUUAUACGGAUAAAUUACAAAUAGAUACAUCACACUCAGAAUCCGAUGACUCCGUAAUACUAUUAGAAGACUUAGGAACAACGUACGAGCACGAACAGAUAAAACAAGAAAGAAAAAGCCCUACACAACAAGUAAACAAGUCACCUACAAAACAAAUAGGUGACACUCCAGCAGCACGUAAUACUCCAACAGUGCGCAUUCCAUUGGCGCUUGACCGCGUCAGCGCGAAAACGAACGGGGGCAGGUGCAGCCGCACCCGGUUGCAGGAAGGGGCGGCCGAGGCCCAACCUGAGGACGCCCAGUAG